AUGUCGCGCGGGGAAGAAGAUGGAAGGGAGCAUCGCUUCGCCUACAACUGGGUUGACGGUGCAGAGUCACUUGAAAGGUACAAACCUGGGGGUUAUCAUCCUAUCAUGAUUGGGGAUAUGCUACACGAGCGAUACCGCAUCGUGGACAAGCUGGGUUUCGGAGGCUAUUCAACUGUUUGGCUAGCCCAAGACACUCAUCUGAAGCGCUACGUUGCUGUCAAAGUUGGCAUAGCAAACUCGCUUCCGCAUGAGACUAAGAUCCUGCGAGCUCUUUCCGCGCCACUACCGUUGUCUUCGUUCCUACAUCCAGGGCGCAAUUCAAUUCCUUUCAUCCUGGAUGAAUUCAAGCUACACGGUCCCAAUGGAACUCAUCCAUGCUACACAAUGACCCCCGCACAAUGCAAUCUCAGAGAGGUCUCUUUUAGCCGCCUGUUUCCUCUUGAAGUUACGCGGGCGCUGUCGGGUGGCCUCGCACUAGCUAUUGCAUAUUUGCAUUCACGAGGCUAUGUCCAUGGAGAUAUCCACCUUCGCAACAUCUUAGUUAAACUCCCAUCAAGUUUCGAUCAGCUCUCGAUCGAACAGUUAUAUGAAGAAUAUGGCGAGCCUGAGACAGUCCCCAUUAUGGAGCGCAAUGGCAAAUCGCUUCCACCCAGUGUUCCAGCAAAGGCAGUGAUCCCACUCCGCCUUGGGAAAAAUGCAGAAGAAUUCUCACUGUCUGACGCGCGUGUGCUUCUUAGUGACUUUGGCGAGGCAUUUGCCCCAGCCUUGGAGGUUCGUCGCGGGGAAGACUGCCACACGCCGUUGGCUAUGCGGGCCCCAGAAGCCCGAUUCGAGCCGCAUGCCCCGCUGUCAUUUUCAGCAGACAUUUGGAGCCUGGCCACAACAAUCUGGGAGAUUCUUGGCAUGAAGGCCAUUUUCAGUAGCGAAUUUGCGACUGUGGAUGACAUAAUCUCUCAGCAAAUUGAUGUGCUGGGACCAAUUCCCUCAAAGUGGUGGGAGCGAUGGGACGAACGGAGUCAAUUCUUCAACCAGGAUGGACGUCCGAAAGAACGCCGGGAUGUGUGGCCUCCAAUUGAUGAAGCAUUUGAGGAAGGCGUGCAGAAGUAUCGACGGAAGCGUCGAGUAGGUGAGUUUGGUCGGGAGGAAACGGUUGCUCUCCUAGAAUUGAUGCGUCAAAUGCUGGCAUUCCAGCCAGAAGAGCGACCAACAGCCGAAGAGGUCCUCAAGUCAGAGUGGAUGGUCAAGUGGGUGUUGCCUGAUUUUAAGCGCAGUUUGCAGAUAGGCCAAGCUCUCCAAGAAGGGUAG